ACUGACCCCCAACCCCUUAUCCUUCUUGUUUAAGACAUGGGUGUGCAGUGAUUUGCUUUUGGGGGAUAAAACCCACAGUUUGGGAGUGGAGAGGGAUAUUACAGAGCAGGAUGGCCUGGAGUAAGGUACCUCUGCUUUUGCAUGGAUUUUUCCUGCUGGUUCUGUGUAAACCCUCCCUUCAAGGAGGAAUCUACAUACCAGCUGGUGCAGGGGGAGGAGCUGGAACUGGAUUAGGGGGUGGACUUGGAACUGGAGCUGGACUUGGUGCUGGAACAGGUCCAGGAGGAGGAUUUGGUGCUGGAAUUGGAAGUGUUGGGCCAGGAGUUGGUCCUGGAGGUCUUGGAAUAGGCCCAGGAACUGGAAUCAGACCUGGAACUGGAGUUGGAGGAAUACCUAGUUUCAAACCAGGAAAGACAGGAGGCUUUGGAGGUAGUGGUCCUGGGGGGCAAGGUGCUGGACUGGGUGUUGGAGGCCUUGGGGGACUUGGGCCUGGUGCUGGAGGUUUAGGGGGACUUGGGCCUGGUGGUGCAGGGCUUGGGGGAGUUGGCCUUGGUGGAGCAGGGCUUGGUACAGGAGGACUUGGUACUGGUGGAUUAGGCACCGGAGGUCUCGGAACAGGUUCAUUCGUCAAGCCACCUAAAACAGGAGGAUAUGGAAGUCUACCAGGAAUAGGACCAGGUGGUACAGGUGUUGGUCCUGGAUCACUUGCACCUGGAGGAGUUGGUCCCUCUGGCAUUGGUCCAGGAGGCAUUGUACCAGGAGGAAUAGGACCUGGUGGUAUAGUACCUGGUGGCAUUAGACCCGGUGGCAUAGGACCCGGUGGCACUGGUGCCAUAGGAACUGGACCAGGAAGUGUUGGACCUGGAGGAACUGGUGCUGGUGUUGGAACUGGAGGCCUUGGAGCAGGUGCUGGUGGCAAACCCCCUAAACCAGGUGAGUUAUGGGGGUUUUGGAACUGGAGGUCUUGCUGGCCUUGGACUCAGGCCAGGGGUGCAGGCCCUGGAGGUGUAGUACCGGGUGGUUUUGGUGUUGGUCUUGGAGCUGGUGGCACUGGCACAGGAAUACCUGGACAAGGUGUGGGCACUGGUGUGGGAGGGUUUGGCCCUGGUGGAGCUGGUCAAGUAGGUGCUGGAAGAGGUGUGGGAGGAAAACCACCCAAAACAGGUUAUGGAGGUCUUGGUGGUUAUGGAGGUAUAGGACCUGGUGGCAUUUUUCCUGGUGGCGUUGGACCUGGUGGCUUUGGACCAGGUGGCAUUGUCCCUGGUGGUGUUGGACCAGGUGGCGUUGGACCAGGUGGCAUUGUUCCUGGUGGUGUUGGACCAGGUGGCAUUGUCCCUGGUGGUGUUGGACCAGGUGGCGUUGGACCAGGUGGCAUUGUUCCUGGUGGUGUCGGACCAGGUGGCAUUGUCCCUGGUGGUAUUGGACCAGGUGGCGUCAGGCCAGGUGGCAUUGGACCAGGUGGCAUUGUUCCUGGUGGUGUUGGUCCAGGUGUCUUUAGUCCAGGAGCAGGCAGAAAACCUGGGAAACCAGGUUAUGGCGGGCCUGGCGGUUUUGGUGGUGGUGGUGGAUUGCUUGGAACAGGAAGUCUUGGAGCAGGUGCUAUUCCACUUACACCUGGAGGUGCUGGAACAGGCUAUCCAUCAGGUAGCUAUAGUGGAUAUGGUACUUAUCCUGGAGCUGGAACUGGUCAGAAACCACCAAAACCAGGAAUUGGAACUGGAGGUGUAGGAAUUGGACCAGGUGGCACAGGAAUUGGAAUAGGUGGUGCAGGAAUUGGCCCAGGUGGCACAGGAAUUGGUCCAGGUGGAGCUGGAGUUGGUCCAGGUGGAGUUGGAGUUGGACCUGGAGGUGUAGGAACUGGACCUGGUAGCACUGGAACUGGAAUUGGAGGAGCAGGAGUUUCACCUGGUGGAGCACCUUUUCUCCCUCAAACUGGCUUACCAGGAACUGGGACAGGUGCUGGGGGAAAAGUCGGAAAGAUUGGGAAAGCACCAGUGCCAGGGAUUGGGAUUCCUGGACUAUACCAAGGGGGUUUAGUUCCUGGACAUGGUUUUGGCGGUAGAGGCGUUCUGCCAGGUGUAGCCACUGGUUCUCAAACUGGGCAGCUUGGUCAAGGUGCACUUGGAGCCAAUGGAGGCCGAGGAGGAUUUGGUCAACAAAUACCAGGCGUGUUCCGUGGAUAUCCUCUUAUAUCACCAAAGUCUGGAGGUACAAACGCUGCAAAGUCUCAGGCUAAAGCUGCCAAGUAUGGGGCUGGUGGUGUUCCAGGACUCGGUGGUGGGCUUGGUGUAGGAGGUAUACCUGGUUCAGGUGGUGUUCCAGGCAUUGGUGGUAUACCAGGUGCAGGUGGUGUGCCAGGCAUAGGCGGCAUACCUGGUGCAGGCGGUGUGCCAGGAAUAGGUGGUGUUCCAGGUGCAGCUGGUGUUCCAGGUGUUGGAGUCAUUCCUGGAGCUAGCGGUGGAACUCCUGGUGUUCUAUAUCCAGGAGGUUCCUAUCCUGGGGGAGCUGGGGCAAAAGCUAGAAAGUAUGCUUCUGGGGUAGGAACUGGUGGACUUCCUGGUUCUGGCUUGGGAGUGGGUGGUCUUGGAACUGGAGGACUUCCGGGUUCUGGCUUGGGAGUGGGUGGUCUUGGAACUGGAGGACUUCCUGGUUCUGGUUUGGGCGUGGGUGGCCUUGGAGCUGGAGGACUUCCUGGUGCUGGUUUGGGAGUUGGUGGCCUUGGAGCUGGAGGACUUCCUGGUUCUGGUUUGGGCGUGGGUGGCCUUGGAGCUGGAGGACUUCCUGGUGCUGGUUUGGGAGUUGGUAGUCUUGGCACUGGUGUAAUCCCUGGCAUCGGAGUUGUUCCAGAAGGAUAUGCUGCAGCCAAAGCAAGAAAAUAUGCUCAGCUUGGACGUCCUGGUGGGACUUUGCCAGGUGGGGCAGCCGGUGUGUCUGGUGUUGGACUUGGUGGACUACCUGGUGGAGGUCUUGGGAUUGGUGGACAACCAGGAAGUGGAAUUGGAGGGCUACCUGGAGGUGGACUUGGUGGAUUACCUGGUGGAGGAGCUGGUGGACUGCCUGGUGGUGGAGUUGGUGGGCUUCCUAGCGGUGGUGCUGGAGGACUCCCUGGCUCUGGCACAGGAUAUGCAGAGGCAAAAGCUCGUAAAUAUGGUCUGCUUGGUGGAGGUGCUGGUUUAGGCCCAGGCACUGGAUUAGCUGCAGGUAUUCCAGGUGGUUUACCAGGCACUGGUGUCAGACCAGUUGUGGCAGGAACUGGGGCUGGACAAAGUGUCCCUGGUGUGGGUUUUGGUCCAGGAGGUGUACCCGGUGGUGGGCUUGGACCUGGCAGUGUUCCUGGAAGUGCAUUUGGACCUGGAGGAUACGCUGGGGCCAAAGCUCGCAAAUAUGGCUUUACUGGUGGAGCUGGUGGAACAGGAUUGCCUGGAGGAUUAGGAGGAUCAAUUGGCAGUGGAACAGUGUCAGGUGUUGGAGGUGCUGGAGGAAUACCAGGCGGCGGAAUUGGACCUGGAGGGGCACCAAUUGGUGGUUAUGGACCAGGAGGAGCACCAGUCGGUGGCUACAGACCUGGAGGUGUACCAGUAGGUGGUUAUGGGCCAGGAGGAGUACCUGCUGGAGGAUAUGGACCUGGCUCUGGAGCAUAUCCAGGUGGAUCAAAGGCCCUAAAAUAUGGUCUUGGUGGUAGUGGAGGAGCUGCAGGACUUGGUCUGCAGGGUCAGGUAGGAACCGGUCCAUCAGGAGGAUUUGGCACGGGGGCAGGGCCAGUUGGUGGUUAUGGUCCAGGGACUGUAGGAGGUCCUGGGUCUGGAUUUGCUGGAGCAGGAAGCAGAGGAGGGCUUGGGCCUGGGUAUGGAACAGGUGCUGGAGGAUAUGGACCUGGAUCAAAGGCAGCUAAAUAUGGUUUACCUGGAUCUGGAGGGGUUUUGGGAGCAGGAGGUGUCCUAGGAGCUGGAACAGGAUUGGUGGGAGGUCCUGGAGUUCUACCUGGAGGUGUUGGGACCGGUGUUGGAUAUGGAGGAUAUGGAGGAGCACAAAAACCACCAAAAUAUGGACAACCAGCUGGUGGGGCUGGAAGUGUGUUGGGUGGGUUGUUACCAGCAACUGGUGGAACUGGGGCCACAGGAACCGGAAUUGGAACUGGUGGUGUAGGUGGGGCUGGAGGUACACCAGUUUCAGGAACCAAGCCAGACAAAUAUGGCAUCAUAGGAGGAACGGCAAUUCCAGGAAGCACAGCUGCUACCGGCACAGAUCGUGGAGCAGAAUCUAAACCUGGAGUUGAUGGAGCGAUUGGCAGUCCUGAUGGUGCAACCCGUGGUGCUGGAGAAGGUCAAGGUGGAACAAAAGCUCCCAAGACUGAAUCUGGCGGACCAAUAGAGGGAUCAGGUGUUACUGGUGGGUCCACUGAUUCUGACGGACUUGAUGGGGUUGCUGGGACAGGAAUACCCAUCUUAGCUGGAGAAAGACCAGGUGUCUCUGGAACUGUACCAGGAGUUGGUGAUAGUGGAACACUACCAGGAGCCAAACCACUAAAGCCCCCAGGCAUUGGAGGUGGAGCCAUUGCUGGACGUGGAGAUACCCCAGGAACUAUUGAAGGAGGACCUGGAAUUGGAGGCAGUGGUCCAGGUGGGGUUGGUGGAGUUCCAGGAGGAGCUGGUGGAGUUCCAGGAGGAGUUGGCGUAGUUCCAGGAGGAGCUGGUGGAGUUCCAGGGGGAGUUGGUGGAGUUCCAGGAGGAGCCGGUGGAGUUCCAGGUGGAGUUGGUGGAGUUCCAGGAGGGGUUGGUGGAGUUCCAGGGGGAGUUGGUGGAGUUCCAGGAGGGGUUGGUGGAGUUCCAGGAGGAGCCGGUGGAGUUCCAGGUGGAGUUGGUGGAGUUCCAGGAGGGGUUGGUGGAGUUCCAGGGGGAGUUGGUGGAGUUCCAGGAGGGGUUGGUGGAGUUCCAGGGGGAGUUGGUGGAGUUCCAGGAGGAGUUGGUGGAGUUCCAGGGGGAAUUGGAGGAGUUAAACCACCUAAAUUUUACGGUGGUACAGGUGGAACUGGAGCUUUUGGAACUGGAGCUUUUGGAGUUGGAGGUGUAGGUGGGACUGGUCCAGCUGGAACAGGGGGAGCUGGACUUCUGCCUGGAGGUGGUGGUUUUCUACCAGGAGGUUAUGGAGGAGCUGGAGCUUUAGGAGCCGGUGGGAUCCAGCCAGGGACUGGCCUCAGGUUUCCCAGUGGGGCUGCAGUUGGCAGCAAACUAGGCAAAGUUUAUGGGGCAGCAGGCGCACUUGGUGGGCUUGGAGGCCCAGGUGGAUAUGGAACAGGACCCGGUGGCUUUGGAGCUGGUCCAGGUGGCUAUGGUGGUGGCCAAGGCAGUGCUGGUGGACUUGGAGGGCCUGGAUUUGGUGGACUUGGUUAUGGUCCUGGCGCUGUGAAACCACCUAAAAGCUAUGGAGGAGCUGGAACAUUGGGAGGGGCUGGAAGAGGAGGAAUUGGGGGAGGUCUUGGUGGUGGUUUAGGAGUACGACCAGGAGGGGCUGGAGGUCUUGGUGGUGGUCUAGGAAUAGGACCAGGAGGGGCUGGAGGUCUUGGUGGUGGUCUAGGAAUAGGACCAGGAGGGGCUGGAGGUCUUGGUGGUGGUCUAGGAGUAGGACCAGGAGGGGCUGGAGGUCUUGGUGGUGGUUUAGGAGUAGGACCAGGAGGGGCUGGAGGUCUUGGUGGUGGUCUAGGAGUUGGACCAGGAGGUGUUGGUGGAGGUCCUGGAGGAGUUGGAGGGCUGGGUGGAGGGUUAGGUGCCAGAUAUCCAGGUGGUGGCGUGGGACCUGGAGUUGCGAAACCUGGAAAAUCAGGGUAUGGAGGUUUAGGUACAGGUGGAGGACUAGGAGGUCUAGGAGGAGGUGCUGGAAGCCCACUAGGAACUGGCUUUGGCACAGGUUUACUGGGUGGUCAAGGCUAUCAACCAGGUUAUGGUGGCACUGGUGCAGGGGGACCUGGAAGUGCUCCACUUACACCUCAGCAAUCAAAAGCAGCCAAAUAUGCAGCUCUUCAAGGCUUUCUAGGUGCUGGAGGCUACAGAGGGGGCACAGGAUGCCAAGGCAAAUACUGCGGAAGAAGGAGGAAGUGAGAAACCAGCUGAUAAAAGAGACCUCAUAAACAAGUGGUGCUACUGCCUGAUCUCAAAUGCACUUUUUUUACAGUUUAAAAGUGCCUCAUGUAAUAUGUGAGAGAUUUGGACUUACACUAAAGAAUUUUUCAGCCGUAUGAUUAGAUGUGAUGUGAACCUCACAAAGGCACUCUUUGCACUGCCUAAACUCCCUUUACUUUACUUAUGUCACUAUACAUUUUCUACAAGUUUAACAUGAUUGGUUGUUUUUGUUGUUGUUGUUUUUUAAUGUUCCCUCUUAAAAUCCUGCAGUUUCAGCUGUGCAUCUCUUAUGGUUUUGCAGCAGUUGCUCACUUACACUUAGCUGUGUAUUUAGACACAUGCAAUCUAGGGACGUGUCGCUGCUAUUUCAGGAUGAAAUGUGACGGUUGGGGGGAAGCAGCGUCAUUAGGCUUUAUGUUCCAAUCACCUAUCAAGUAAAAGGAGCCAGUUUUCUUUCCAGCUGUAUGCAUAUGAGUUCAUGAACCCUUCAUGACAUCUUCAUUCAAAGCAUAGUCACAUGAAGGAACAGGAUCUAGGCUUACCAAUUUUAGUCUUAUAAGAACAAAGUGCUUGUCGUAACUGCAGUAGACAGCAUCUAAGUACUGAGGAUUAUAAGCUGUCUUCAACAAUACCUCAGGAACUUGAAGCGGUUUCUUUUCUAGUAUCCUGACCUUAGUAAAACCUUGUUUUUGUUUGUUUGUUUUAACGUAACUCUUAAAUUAAAAUGUUGGGGUUUUUAGGGUAUCUAUGCAUCUAACCUAACUCGUCUGGGGAUUUUAAGCAUUGUGUGUUGUGAAUGUUGUAUCUGUGUUUGUAUAAGUGCAACUAUUCAAAUGUGACAUGAAGGUAUGAUAAAGGCAAUUCAUCUAGUGAAUCCUCUCGCAUUGUUUACCUUUGUUCUUCACGUUUAUGCACUUGUUACUUUGUGGAACUCCAACACAUUUUUGUAUGACCUUUGGUGUUAUUUGGGCCUUUUAUCUAC